CUUUCAGAAAAACUCUUGCUUGCAAACCUACCGCAUCAACAAUAUCCCUCGUCCACCUACACCUUCCGAAACCUCCACCAUGUCGCAAGUCAACACCAAGGCCUUCCCCCUCGCUGACGCUCAGCUGUCCAACAAGAUUCUCGACCUUGUGCAGCAGGCGUCUCACUACAAGCAACUGAAGAAGGGUGCUAACGAAGCAACGAAGACCCUCAACCGAGGUAUCUCAGAGUUCAUCGUCAUGACCGCCGACACCGAACCCCUCGAAAUCCUUCUCCACUUGCCCCUUCUCUGCGAGGACAAGAACGUACCAUACGUUUUUGUUCCCUCCAAAAUUGCCCUCGGCCGUGCGUGUGGUGUCUCCCGCCCUGUUGUCGCCGCUUCCGUGACCACCAACGAAGGGUCGGAAUUGAAGGCGCAGAUUCUUGCUAUCAAGAUCGAGAUUGAGAAGCUUCUGAUCUAGGACCAUAUUUUUGAUCAUGGAACGACCGACCAUCAACAUUUACGCCUUCGUUAUUUAUUGCAAAGCUUGUUGGGCACACAAACCCACUCUUUUUACGUCAGUUUAGAACCCCAUCGAGUAGGUCACGAACCUUCUUCCACGCAUAUUUUCAGCAGUGAUGGAUGACUCUCCGGUGCGGAGGGGCGAGUGCACGACUGCUCGCUCUUCUCGACCCCCGGAGAUGCCCACCCUGAGCGAAUUCUGUUACAUAGUUUUGAGGUUAUCCACCUCGCACAGUUUUUUCUCUGGUGAUCCCCCCUCUGGGUGUAUGGUGAAGAGGGUGUAGAUUUCACAAAUAUCAUUAUCAUAGCUUCUGGCAUACCACAUUU